AUGUCUGUGGCUUUCGCACCUCACAGACAACGCGCCAAGGGCGACAUUACACCCGCGGGGAUUCAAAAGCUUCUUGAUGAAAACAAUCAGUUGAUUCAGUGUAUCAUGGACUUCCAAAGCAAAGGAAAAACAGCAGAAUGUUCACAUUACCAGCAAAUGCUUCACAGAAAUUUGGUCUACUUGGCCACAAUAGCAGACUCCAAUCAGAACAUGCAAUCUCUUCUACCAGCUCCACCCACCCAGAACAUACCCAUGUCAGGGGGAAUGAAUCAGAGCGGCCCCCCUCCGCAGCCUCCCCAUGGCCACAGCAUGCCGUCAGACGGCCCCCCUGCUCCACACAUGCAGAACCAGAUGAACGGCCAGAUGCCUGGUCCCAACCACAUGCCCAUGCAGGGCCCUGGUCCAAACCAGCCUCCCAACAUGCCCAGUGGCUCCAUGAACCUGCCUCCCAGUAGCCACGGCUCAAUGGGGGCCUACAAUCACGCCGUGCCCUCUUCCCAGGGCAUCCCCAGCCAGGGCCAGAUUAACAUGAGCCAGGGCCAGCCGAUGGGCACCUAUGGGCCCAGACCCAGCAUGAACAUGCAGCCCAACCAAGGUCCAAUGAUGCACCAGCAGCCUCCCUCUCAGCAGUACAACAUGCCCCCUGGUGGUGGUGGGCAGCAUUACCAGGGUCAGCAGAACCCAAUGGGUAUGAUGGGCCAGGGUAACCACGUGAUGGGACAGAGGCCCAUGCCUCCAUACAGGCCACCUCAGCAAGGGCCUCCACAGCAGUACCCAGGCCAGGAGGACUACUAUGGAGAACAGUACAGCCAUGGAGGUCAGGGCGCACCAGAGGGAAACUCCCAGUAUGGUCAGCAGCAAGAAGCCUACCAGCAAGGUCCUCCCCAGCCACAGGGCUACCCAACCCAGCAGCAGUAUCCAGCGCAACAGGGCUACCCGGGCCAACAGCAGGCUUAUGGGCCCUCUCAGGGUGGUCCUGGACAGUACCCCAAUUACCCGCCGGGCCAGGGGCAGCAGUACGCUGCCUACCGGCAGCCUCAGCCUGGACCUCCACAAGGCCAACCGCAGCGCCCGUACGGCUAUGACCAGGGGCACAUGAGGAAAUAGCGGACCCAGUAUUUCAACCCCUGACUAGAUCUGUAAGAAGCAAAGGGUCAGUAUGGCAACUACCAGCAGUAAAGUCAGCCGCUAUUCUUCUUGUUCGAGCGUCUCUGUGGCGCUGUCUUUCUGGACCUGCGGAAGGGCUACCGCUCUCUGACCCCACCCCCACCCCCCCCGCCCCCAACCCCAUUCCACUUCACUUUUCUAAAUUUCAAAGAGAUGGAUGCCCGACUGAUGCCUCCUCAUACACACAUUCACAAAAAUCCUCUUCAUAUUUACAUAUUCAGUGACUCCUAACUGUUUGCACUCUUGCUUUUAAUGGUAUUGUUUCGUAGCCGUAUGUAAGUCAUGUUGGUUUGUCCCCACACUUUCAUUCUGAUUUUUGCAGAGGUUCUUUGAUUCUACACAAUGUCUGACAAGACCGGUAUUUCAUACAAUGUACUACAGUGAUGAAGACCAGGGUCAUGGUCUGUAAUGAGACCCUGCAGUGGUGGCAGAAGUGCAGGUUGCGAUCUGAUGGCGAGCUAUUUCAGUAAUUCAGCAGUGAGCCUGAAACGUGAAAAUAUACUUGCUAUACCUUUUAAAUGAGGCUUUAUUCGGUUCCAGUUCCUUCACAAACCUGAGAUCUCUAUUUAACCAGAUUCUUCAAAAGCCAUCUCGAAAGCAGCAAUGCCUUAAAUUGAAAUCGGAGCUGCCUUACUUACAGAAUAAUUUCCACAACCAGUGGGGGAUUUUGAUAAACUGCAGCCUCGAGUCAUGUUCCUGUUGCAGUGUGUUGGUAACCAUCUCUUCACUCCAUCAUGUGAAAAUUUAUUUAGAUGAAGCAAUAAUAAUGCUUGAGGGAGGCAGAGGGGCCCAGAGAGAUGAUCUUGCACAGGGAAUAUUCUUCUUACACGUUGAGGUCAAAGUUCUGUCAUGAUGUACAAAUGUAUCUUAUGCUUUCCCGAUAGAGCUCUUUGUAUUGAAGAUUUGGAAACUUGGCUCUAAAUAUUGUACUUUUUUUUUUUUUCUUCUUCUUAAAUGUGUCUAUAUUAGUUUCUUUUUUCUUCCCCUCUCGAAAUUGUUGUCCCUUCUGUAGUUUAAUGUCUUUGGUUCCUAUCCACCAUGCUGAACCUUGAUUAAACCCAUCUGCUACUUUGGUGGCUCGCAUGUUGAUUGUCCACAGGGGGCCACUUCAUUUUAAGUGUAACGACUCGGCUGUACAUGAAAUUUCCCCAAGAGUGGACAGUGAGGUGUGGCAUUCAAAUCUGGGUAACAGACCUGAGAGACGAGGGAAAAUGGACUUAGAAUUCAGUCAUAUGGCACCAGCAACUGUUUGCAGUUGUCAUGAUGUGGGGAACUUUAUUUUUAUUCUUUUUCUUUCAUUUGUUUUGGUUUGUUUCUUUGUUUAGUAAGGAAACUGGUCUUUGGCCUUUGAAUGUGGAGAUUCCAAGACUUAACGUUAAAGUGGUUUAAGUAAAAUUCCACUUGCAGUAUAUGCAGAUCACCCCCCCCCUUUUCAUAUGCGUAUUAGGCCAUGUUCAGACUCGGUAUAAACAUCUAUCUUGAGUAAUUUGAUCACAAGUGGACUUGCAUGUGUCUUGAAUGCAUCUUCGCUGACCAUUUAUGAUCGGAUUUCAUGACUGGAUAAAGGGGAGCACUCACGUUUCCUGCAUUAGUCCAUCACAGAGUCCCAGAAAUUCUUGUUCAUGUACGUUACAGAUGAUUAGAUGUCCUGGAUUGCUCAUUUCCAACUUGUUAACAAACGGGAGAGGAGACCAGGCACGAAGUUACACAACUGCUUUUGCCUCUGCUGUGAUUAGACAAAUCUUUUGUUGCUGUCGGGGAAGCAUUGGGAUGCAGGCCCUCUUAGAAGCUGAUUUGAGUGAUCAUCUUUCUCUGAGAGGCGUUGGACAUGACUGAGGAAAGGUACCAUGCCCGCUCUGUUACAUCAGUCUCACGAUGUGUUUGUCCUGCGAGUCGUUUGUGUACAUGUAUGGGUUGUUAAUGUGUAGGUGUGUACGGUAGGUUACCACUCGGACAGACUGGAAGACUUUAGAAGUCAAAGUACCUGUUAUGAGUGCAUUUGGCAAAUAUUUCUUCAUUUUAGGUUUCUCACUUAAAGCUACAAUCAGUAUGUUGUGGGAUAAUAUUUAUUUUUGUGGUGAAAGGACAAAUUAACCCCCACCCCCCCCUUUGAAUUCGUAUCAGAUCAGGUCAUGCCUUUAAAGUAAGGUACUGAUUGUAGCUUUGAAGAAAUGAUGUGAACUCCUAAUGUGUAAUUCUGAGCAUGUACUAUUAUGAAUUCUGAGUCCAAAGCCAGCACAGUUACUGCAGGUUACAGCACCUGUAGUUAGUUUUCUCUCUGUGUGUGUGGGUUUUUUUUUGUUUUGUUUUGGUAUUUUUUGUUUUCCGGCUCUGGAAGGAGGGAGACGGUGGGGUUCAGCUCAGAAUGUAUGAGUACAUUUGUGCUAAUGAGAAACAUUCAUUUGGUGCUCUUGUAUCAUGAUGCAACUUAAAGGUGCCAUGACUGUCUCUGUUUUCACACCAAUGUAAAGUUGUAAAUCAUUGUAACUGAACAAAACGGCUGAAUAAAUUAUUGUUAUUUGGGUUGUAUUUUAA